AAAAAAAACCCAACCUUGAGUGGAUUAAGGACACAAAAAGAGAUUUUUAAUGUAACCCAUGAGGCUCAGACGAGAGAAGAUGCUAACCUGAGCAAAAUUGAGGUGGAAUCGUCGAUUGUGCUCAGUAGAUAAAUCGAUUCUUCCGAUUGGGUUUUCGAAGGUUUGAGCAUGAGUGAUCAAAUCGGGUUUUCGAGAGCUAGGGAUUUGAAAAAAUCCAUCCUUUUUGCUUUGAGCCCUUUGACUCCAUCUUCGAUUAAAAAUUAACAAAAAUAGAGGGAUGAGGUGUCGCGGUGACAGAUAUAAAAGGGUUACGAGAAACCGUCACUUCUCCUUCUCUCUCUCUCUCUCUUUCUCUUUCUCUUUCCCUCUUCUCUCCUUCAAAUCCGUUCUUCCUUAAAAAUCAAUUUCGCUCUCUGCUUACAAACUUGGUUUGAUUUUUCAAUUGCCUCUCUGUUUCUCUCCCUCUGUUUCUGUGAAUAUCUUUCAUCAGAAUGAACGGGAAGGCCUCUGUUUCCAAGGAGCUCAACGCCAAACAUUCCAAGAUAUUGGAAGCACUUUUGAAGCACCCAGACAAUCGAGAAUGUGCAGAUUGUAGAUCAAAGGCACCAAGAUGGGCAAGUGUGAACCUUGGGAUAUUCAUUUGUAUGCAAUGCUCUGGAAUCCAUCGUAGCCUCGGCGUCCAUAUCUCACAGGUAAGGUCUAUAACUCUGGAUACAUGGCUUCCAGAUCAGGUUACUUUCAUGCAAUCUACCGGUAAUGCUAAGGCAAAUCGGUAUUGGGAAUCAGAAUUGCCUCCUCAUUUCGAGAGAAGUUCAAGCGACAUGUUUAUAAGAGCCAAAUAUAAUGAGAAGAAAUGGGUUUCACCUAAAGGGAUUCAACCGGCUCCUAUAGUUAGUAAUCUAAGCUGCAAAGUUAGUCACUUGGUAGAGAGCGGAUAUAAGCCUGAAACUCCAAAGAAAGCUAGAACUCUUUCACUUGACGAAGAGAUCCUUCGUAAUCAUGUUCUUACAGCAACACCUCCAGAAACAAGAAUUCGCGCGGCUUCGGUUGAUAUGAAGGAGAAUGUAUAUGAUCUACCUCUACCAGUGGGGCUAGAAGUUAAGAAACCAAAUCAAAAGAAUGAGAUUUUCUCCAACGAAUUGAAUCAGAAUAGAAGAACCACCAUAGCACCACCAUCAAGCUGGGCUACUUUCGACUGAAGAGAAUGAGAUGAAGUUUUUGGAAACAAAUCAUCAUGUGGGCUUUAUAAUAUAGUCAACAGGUUGGCAAAGAUGGGGAUGACAAUGGAAGUUGGUUCUGUUUUCUAUUUUUAUUCAUUUAUAAUCCAAAAUUGGUUGCUUGUAACUAAAGCAUUUUUUAAAAAUACAAUGGAAGAGGGGACAUCUUGAGUAUAUAUUUGACCUAAGAAAGCAAUACAACUCACCAAUGUGUAUAUUAUUUUGAAUUG